AUGAACUUUGACUAUCAGUAUGUCAAACCAAUCUUCGAUUCUGUGAACUCCACAGAGGUACCUUUGCUCACUCGUGGUGAAGCACAUAUAACUGUCAUAUCGCCACCCGAGUUCGCUCUCCUUGAUACUAUCGGAAUCAGUAUUGAAGAGAUCAAUCAUAUUGCAUUGAAACUUAAUAUUCAAUCGAGCAAAGUGAAGUUGGUCUGUCUUGGAAAAGAAGAUGUUAUAGUUGGAGGCCUUCGACAAGUUGUAUAUCAACUUAUUGCUGAGUCAUCCGAUCUUGUUGAAAUUCGAAGAAAAAUUUUCCAAUUGUAUGUUACUAAAGUCAUUCUGGCCACACAUCACUGUUGGUUAUAUGUCAAAGGACGUAUUUAUUGA